UAGAGUUUCAUAUAUAUAUAUUCAUACAUAUUAUGAAGUAUCAUUAUAAACAAAUAAAAAAAUAAAGAAAUCAAUGAAUUGGUGUCUUGAGAUUGUAGCAUUUUAGUUUGGUGAAUUAGAUAUGGUUAAUAAUAAUGAAUCAGGCCGCCCUAUCAAAAAAAAUUUGGCUCCGGCAUUGAAAUGCUAUGAUUCUUAAUUCUUGAAACACAUCCUUGAAAAUUGUGACUAAAUAUUUUAAUUGACAUCCGCAUUGUAUUUUGAUUGUCAAAAAAGACAUCCACAUUGUAUUUUAAAUGUAGAUGAAGUAUUAGGCAGGUCACAAAAGAUGGAUAUGAAGCAAUUAUAAACCUUUUACUAUCCACGUUAUAUGUAGUAAUGUGCAACUUUUGAAUAUAGUAUGCGGUAAACACUUAUGUCACCUCUUAUGGCUAGUCCAAAACAAUCUUUAGCUCUAUCUUACUAGGGCCACUGCCCAUGUCAAGUUCAAAAUAACCCUUUCUUCGCCUCAAACUACUGAUUACUCGUACUAAUCUGUGAAUGAUUGAGGGGUUUGGAGUUCUUUACCUAACUUGCCUCGUUCAAUUGACAACAAUUACAUCCGAUUUCCAACUUAGGAUUAGAACACCUAAGGUAGCAACUACUCCGUAAUUUCUAAGAUUUUUACUCCUAGUCUCUCCAUCAUUAAUUACUUGAUAUGCUUAAUAUUUUAUUGGCUAAAGUACUUCAAUUAGCGAAUGAAAGAAUACCAAGAAAAAUUUAACUCAUUUAGUACUCGUAAUACUUUUACCUUAAAUCUUAAAAGUUUAGGGUAUUUAUCUUUUCACCAUCAUGGGUAAAUUGUGUCAAUUUACCUAGCCAAGUUCUAAUGAAACGCGUUUGAUUCAUCCACGUGGUAAGUCAAGGCUCAAGAACCAACUGGCUUUGUUCUCACCUUCCUGUCAUUUUAGUUUGUUCUAUUAAAUGAUUGCAUAAAUAAAAUACAGCUCCUAUCAAUAUCAAUUGAAUAAAAUAAUUGUAGAAGCAAUGACAUGCACUUGGCCAAAAUUAAAUAAUAAAAAAAUAUUAAAAAUGUAGAAAUUUCUCCCCAACAAAUUGCCUAUAAAAGCAAUCUUCUGCACACCAAAUUUCUUCCCCCUCUCCUCUCUUCCUUUCUUGCAUAAAAUUGCAAUAACAAUCUCUUCUCUCUCUCUCUCAAAAUCUGAGCUUAAAAUAUAGCAAUGGCAUAUGAGGAUCGAUAUGUACAAGCUCCAAAAUAUGACUGUCUUUUGUUUGAUCUAGAUGAUACUUUGUACCCUCUUAGCACCGGGCUAUCAAAAGAAGUUCUGAAGAACAUUCAAGAUUAUAUGGUUGAAAAGCUAGUCAUAGACAGGAGUAAGAUACAUGAUCUGUCUAACCUUUUAUACAAAAACUAUGGCACAACAAUGGCUGGUCUUAGGGCAAUUGGCUAUGAUUUUGAUUAUGAUGAAUAUCAUAGUUUUGUUCAUGGGAGAUUACCUUAUGACAACCUUAAACCAGACCCGGUUCUACGAAGCCUUUUGUUGAGCUUACCUAUUCGUAAAGUUAUAUUUACCAAUGCGGAUGAGACUCAUGCUAUUAUAGCAUUAAAAAAGCUCGGAUUAGAGGAUUGCUUCGAAGGCAUCAUUUGUUUCGAGACUCUAAACCCGACACACAAAAACUUUGCAUCAGACGACGAAGAUGAUAUUAAGUUUGUAGGAACAAGGCCGAGGACCCUUUCAAUUAACAACAAUACUAACAAUGACACUCAAAUUUUUGACAUAAUUAGUCAUUUCGCCGAUAAACAAAAUGAUGCUACUACAUUGCCCAAAACACCCGUUGUUUGUAAACCAUCAGAAUCUGCAAUUGAAAAAGCACUUAAAAUUGCCAACUUAAACCCUCAAAAAACAAUAUUCUUUGAUGAUAGUGUCAGAAAUAUACUGGCUGGAAAACGUGUGGGUCUUGACACUGUACUGGUUGGAACUUCUCAAAGGCCAAAAGGAGCAGAUUAUGCACUGGAAAGCAUUCACAAUUUAAGGGAAGCAUUACCUGAGCUUUGGGAAUCUGAUGUUAGGGCUGAAAUCUACUCUGAGAAAAUAUCAAGAGAGACUUCUGUCAUUGCCUAAAUUCAUCAUGUUUUACCCUCAGAUCAUGAUUGGAAAUUAAUAGUCACGUCAAUAAUGUCAUAUUAACAGAAUUGCUAGCUAGCAACGUCUGUAAGUGUUGUAUGAUCUAGCUAGUAACGUGACCAUAUUUUCGAAUGAAUGGCCGACAGAGUAAUAGUAAUACUCUAUCAGGACGGAGGAAAUAGAGGAGUUCGAGAUUAGAAUAUAAUGCCGUAUAAUAACAAGUAAAAGAGGGUAAUACAUUAGGAUACUUGAUACGUUGUAUCAUAAAAUCUCGUAAAAUGUAUGUCAAAUAAUGGAUGAGUGCAUGUACAGUUUUUCUCAUGUCUUUUUUCCAAUAAUUUUGGCAUGAUGUCAUUUAUUUUUAGCAACUAGUUAGAAGUCCCUACACUUAUGUUUCUUUCCUUGGCCUCUUCUUCCUGUACCACUGGAAUCCAUAAGCCAGUUGGCAUUUGGCAUUAUAUUAUUUCUUUUAGGUUGAGAA